CCCAGUGGCCGCCGCAGCAAGGGUGCCUCUCCAAAGCCAGAGCUUGAGGAGGGAGGAGCCGGAGGCGGGAGGCCAGAGCAAGAGAGCACCGCGUGGGAGGACUGCGCAGGGCCAGGCGUGUGUACUGGAGGUGCACGGCGGUGGCGCGGUGCUGGUGGUUGCAGGUUGUCCAGAGCCCGGGUGGGUGCAAGAGGCAGCGAGGGGGCAGAGUAGGACGCGGGACGUUGCACUGGAGGUGCAGGGCUUUGGGCAUUGCACGGGCGCGCAGUACUCUGGGAGGUGCAUAGGGGCGGUGCGGGGCGCAGGGCAGCUGACAGCGUCAUCAGCCGGGAGCAGCGCGCGCUCCGCCUCAGCAGCCUCUGCAUCGCGCCGCGCGCAGCGGGUCCCGGAGCUGCGCCUGGAGACUUGCCGCGCUGAGCCGGCUCUCCCCAGGUAUUGUCAUGGAUGCGGAAGUCGAUGCCAUGAAUUUAGGAAAAGUCACGGAAAGAGGUACAGCAAGAGAAAGACGGUUUCAGAGCUGAGAAGAGACUGCUGGGGGAUUCCUCAUGCUUGGACCCCAGCCUCUAGAUUUUAAUGCUCUUGGAAGAGCCCCGCCUAAGCGUCUCCUGGACCUGCUUGGGAUAUCCACGGGGCUCCCUUUCUUCUCCCGGUGGGAAGCUGGGAGCCUAGGUACCUCCUGGUCAGUAGUUCUGAAGCAACAUGCCGGAACAGAGCAAUGAUUACCGAGUGGCUGUGUUUGGGGCAGGUGGGGUUGGCAAGAGCUCCCUCGUUUUGAGGUUUGUGAAAGGGACCUUCCGGGAGAGCUACAUCCCAACUGUGGAAGACACCUACCGGCAGGUGAUCAGCUGUGACAAGAGCAUAUGCACGCUGCAGAUCACCGACACUACCGGGAGCCACCAGUUCCCUGCCAUGCAGCGGCUGUCCAUCUCCAAAGGCCAUGCCUUCAUCCUGGUCUACUCCAUCACCAGCCGGCAGUCCCUGGAGGAACUCAAGCCCAUCUACGAGCAGAUCUGUGAGAUCAAGGGGGACGUGGAGAGCAUCCCCAUCAUGCUGGUGGGGAACAAGUGUGAUGAGAGCCCCAAUCGCGAGGUGCAGAGCAGUGAGGCCGAGGCCCUGGCACGCACGUGGAAGUGCGCUUUCAUGGAGACGUCGGCCAAGCUCAACCACAAUGUCAAGGAACUCUUUCAGGAACUGCUCAACCUGGAGAAGCGCAGGACCGUGAGCCUCCAGAUCGAUGGCAAGAAGAGCAAGCAGCAGAAGCGGAAGGAGAAGCUCAAGGGCAAGUGUGUGGUCAUGUGAGAGGCCGCCCUGCAGAGGAGCUGCUGCCCUUCGGGCCUCCCGCGUCCUCCCCCUGUGAACCCCACUGUCGUCAGGGCAGCAUGUCUGAUGCCCAUGUGUCAAACACUGCAUUUGGCUGUGAUGCACCCAGCAAUGUUCCCAAGAGGCGUUCCAUACCACCCCACCAGCCCACCCCUCGGGAGCCGCAGAAUCUGCGAUGCUCUCAGCACCCCCGGAAACCGAGGCCGGUCCUGAGUGGGAUUGAGUCAUGUGAAGACAAGGGGACUCUUGAGCUGUGGAUACAGGAGAAACCGAGAGUACAGUCUGAUGCGUUUGUGUGACAGCAGGUUAGCCCCUAGCUACUGGUACCAAUCACACCAGGACACUUACAUUGAGAAGCCACUAACAUCUUUGGGGGAGGAGCAGGCAGCCACCAGGAGGUCCAAAACACAUGGGUCUAACCGGUGAGCCCCAGUGGUUCCUGUUGAUGCAUUUUUAGCGGGAUUGAAGAUUAAUUACCAUAGCCCUCUCCAACGAUGCUCAAGCUGUUCCUACUGACACACAAUGAGGGGAUCCCCUCAUUUCCUCAAAGUCUUCUUGCAAGCACCGUGUCAGCCUGUCACAUGCAAUCAAGGCCACUCAUGGCACGAUGCUGUCAGCACGUCUUCAGUUUUUGAGUCAGGACAUUGUGACAUCAUGCAAACAUCGCAAUAACGCCCGUGUGUGUGUGUGUGUGUGUGUGUGUGUGUGUGUGUGUGUGUGUGUGUGUUACUUUGAGGGUCCUAGAAACGUGAACUUUCUUUCUUUUGACCUUCGAGGGAUGCCACUUCUCCCAGCCCUCAGAUUUUUAAAUAAAAGUGAAUAAAGUAGGUAUUUUUUAGACUCCCACCUUCCCCACCCCUAAGAUGGUUUUCUUGUCUUAAAUAACUUCAUGUGUACCCAGCUGGGAAACAGCCAACCAAGAGCAUCUAAUAACCAGAAGCACACCCAUUUUUCUAACCGACAUGAGCAUGCAGAUGCCACAUGCUGCACCUUAAUGGAACACUUUGAAACAGACAUCAUUCACUGUGUUUUUAACAAUUUAUCUACUCUGGAAGUAGAUUGAUAGAAAAUGCAUUUAAUUAAUAUUAAAUUCUUUCCCUGUUCCUUGCUAAAUGUCCUUAAGUCCCUCAGUGUGGUGUGCACCCCAGAACCAGUUCUUUCCUAAUGGCCCUGUGUACCCUGUAUUCUUCAGAACAAAUCAGCCACUGCUUGAGGCACCAGAGGCCACAGCAGCUACAGAGAGCCUGUUCUUUCUUUUCUGGGCACAGUGCCCUCAGCUUAACCCAAUUUGCCUGCCAUCCUGGAGUCUGGCUGGGGUUUGGUUCUUGAAAAUUCUUCCUCCCACAGUCAAAUGAGAAGGAGCUCCUGUUUCACCUGAUAGGACAAACCCAUGCUGGCCUCCGGUGCUGAUUUGGACAUUCUCUUAGCCAUCUUACUGUUGCCCAGUCAGCAGGUAGAGGAAACCGUAGCACUGCGAGGGCCUAUACAGCGGCUGAUGGCCAUGUGCAGACCUCCCAAUGCUGGUGUAUGUGGUAGGCCUCUGGCUCCAUCUAUGCCUCCAAAGCAUACCGUGUUCAAACACCUUCGCUUCCUUCAGACCGCUGUGAUUUGGUUUCCUUGUCUGGCCUGGCCUACUUUGCUUUGUAGCUCACCCUGGUGAUAUGCUGAAGGGUUGGGGACAUCCUUCAGAAAACCAUAUGGCUCAGUGAUCUUACCAUUUCUGUGGACUUCUAGAACAAAAUCCUUGGGGACCUGAGAGAGCAGCUGCACUGUGAAAUGAGGAAGCCUGGGAGUCAACCAUGAACUCAGAGCACUUGUGACAUUCCAGACCCGCUCUGAGCCUCUUCUAUUGACUCUUUAUGUUCCUAAAGGCCAUUCCCUACCACAGGAAGGUCAGUCGUGGAGUUUUCUGGAAUGUCUUUGAUUCGCUGCUCCAUUUCUUUCUACUUCUGUUCUCAAAGAGAAUGCAUCACCUUGCCAAGUAGGUGUGGGAUUAGUGAAGGAAAGGCCAUGACUCCAUGGCUAUAUAUGUGGUGAUCCCUUCGCAGUUGGUAAAACCCUGCCUCUCCCACUGACGGCAACCAGACUUCAGACGGAAUGAUACUACAAGCUUCUCUAUUCGCAGUGACCACAUGUCAGCACGCUUUUAGCUCUUUAAGUCAGUUUCCAGUUUCUACCUAUUUCAGUCUUCAUUCACUCGAGAACCUGCAGCUUCACAGUGACUGUUCCUUUCUGUUCUGCCUGUGAGUUUAGAGGGUGGGAAGUUGGUAAAGACUUCCUCCCCGGGCUUUGUUCUGACAUUACUUUCUAUAGAUUGUGCUGAGCACUGGGUACCAAUCUCAACAUCUCCCCUUGUAAACUCCCCUCUGACUCAGGAGCUGAGGGUGCAGCACUAUUGGGCCAAUGGCUUUCAGCUUUGCUUUGGCCCCAUUCCAAGUCAUAAAGCUGAGAGUCUUGGUAACACCCUACGUUGCACAUGGGACUGGAAACUUCUGACCCAGCCCCAGCUCAUUAUAAAACUUGAAAUAUUGCUUUGAAGAUGGCACUCUGGGGUUAAGCACGGGACUCCAUGAGUUCCCUAAUCCCUACCGGUUCCCUCUCCAUUCAGUGACAAGCCAUGGGCACGCAUCCAAUGCAUCAAGUCCAACAGAGAGCAAUAUCCAAUUGUCCACUAGAUCUAAAAUUAUAUAUAUUAUGUAAUUUACCUUCCUGCACUUUUGAAGUAUAAAGUAGUAAAUUGUAUAUAUCUAUCUCUAUAUAUCCAUAUGCUAGCAUAUGUUUCACUAUUUGUAAUAUUUGAGAACUAUUCAUUCUUUGUAGAACAAAAAAUGUAUUAAAUAUUUUAAAAUUGCGCUGUGAUCUUCCUCCCUGUCCCAAGUUUGUAAAGUGUUGCUCCUACACAAGCGUAUGGAAAUACCAUAGCCAAGGGGGCAUGUGAAACUCCUACAAGCCACAUCCUGGGAUUCAGUAGCCCACAAAGACCUUGUGUCAAUCAAAUACCUGCAGCUAGUCUAAAACAGCGAUCACUGGCAUGUGAGAUGCUGGCACAUGCUUGCACAGCAGGCUCUUGCUAUUCCAGUUCCAGACAUGUGUUAUGUCUGACAUACUCAAUGGUUGUGAAGAUCCUCACACAAGGUCCUAGCUGCCAUGAUGGUCCCAACCCAUGGAACCAGUUACAAUAAAGCUCAGUUAUGACACUCUGUGAAA